CGCACGAGAAACAAGCCGAAGCUCCCGAACAGCCACACCGAGAGCUAUGAUGAAGAAGUAUAUGGGGAACGUACACUGGAAGUCAAAAUGUCCAACAAAGGAGGACACGAUCUUCAUCUGAAGAGCUAAAAAGGCGAAUGAUUAUUUGGAAAUACUGUGGGCUCCUUCUGGUUUGCGCUCGCUUCCCUUCACCAUGGAUGAUUUGAACUCAACAGAGUGAAGAAAUCACCGGGACAAAUCAUAACAGGUCCUUUGUUUAGUCUGUGGGGUUUUACACGCGUAAUACUGAGCUUUCCAGUCAUGCCAUGACGCAUCAGACGCGUGCGUAAAAGUGCCAUUCGCGGCUGUACGUGGACAGAUACAGAGAGCUCCGGUUGCUUUAUUAUUUACACAUCACACGUUUAUCAACUCUGAGAAAUUCGGAUGGUAUAACGAGCCGUUCUCACUGUGAUAUCGAUCCGAAUUGUGUUGAAAUCAUCGCGGAGUGACCAAAGACAAGAAUCAAGCGCAGGAACAUAUUCCAGACGUUUACGGGAUUUAUUGCGUUUGCGUUUCAUUCCGGACCGAGGAGUGGAUAUUACAGUUGUUUCACUUUUAAAUCUCACUUUUUUUGGAGAAAAGAGGCGGAUACGAACUUGGCCGCUUUCAUCUCCAUCAGUCCAGUCUCGGAAACUGCCGUUUAUUAUCACGGAAGAUGAAAAGCUUGCUAUUCGAAGUGCUUUGUUUUGUGUCCAUCCUCAUCUCCAUCCGCUGCACACCGGCACCGGACACCGAAACCCCGAGCAUCAGCCCGAGCUGCGCGUCUUGCGGGCUCAGCCAGACGGAUGGAGCCACACGGGUGGACGUGGACUUACUGGAGGCGGUGAAGAGACACAUUCUGAGCCGGUUACAGAUGCGGGACAGACCCAACAUCACCCACCCCAUCCCGAAGGCGGCGAUGGUGACCGCGCUCAAGAAGCUCCACGCCGGGAAGGUGCGCGAAGAUGGGAGGGUGGAGAUCCCCAACCUGGACGGACACGCCGCGUCCAUGAACGAGGUGGAGGAGGAGACGUCGGAGAUCAUCAGCUUCGCCGAGACAGACGAGUCGCUGACCUCCAAAACCAGCCUGUUUUUCGUGAUCUCCAACGAGGGCAACCAGAACCUGUACGUGUCCCAGGCCAGCCUGUGGCUGUACUUCAAACUUCUGCCUAAUGUUUUGGAGAAAGGCUCCAGGAGGAAGGUCACGGUGAAGGUUUACUCGCAGGAACCGGGACUUGGAAGCAAGUGGAACUUGGUGGAGAAGCGUGUGGAUCUCAAACGCAGCGGUUGGCAUACUUUUCCGUUGACGGACGCCGUGCAAAUGGUUUUCGCCAAAGGCGAUCGCCGGCAGAACCUGGACGUACGGUGCGAAGUGUGUGACAAGAUGGGAGUCGUGCCUAUUUUGGUAAACACGGCCGACGAAUCCCACCGUCCUUUCCUUGUGGUCCAAGCGAGAGCGGCCGACAACAAACACCGCAUCCGCAAACGAGGCCUCGAAUGCGACGGAAGCAGCAGCUUGUGUUGCCGCCAACAGUUUUACAUCGAUUUCCGCCUCAUUGGAUGGAACGAUUGGAUCAUCGCCCCGUCGGGGUACUUUGGGAAUUACUGCGAAGGGAAUUGCCCAGCGUACAUGGCCGGAGUUCCAGGAUCGGCUUCGUCUUUCCACACCGCCGUCGUGAACCAAUACCGAAUGCGAGGAAUGAGUCCGGGAUCCAUGAACUCGUGCUGCAUCCCGACCAAACUCAGCACCAUGUCCAUGCUGUACUUCGACGACGAAUACAACAUCGUCAAACGGGACGUGCCCAACAUGAUCGUCGAGGAGUGCGGCUGCGCUUGAGACUUCCAAAAUGUUAUAGUAAGAAACUAAUAUUUAUGACUUAUCCGUGCUCACAAAUCCACACGCACACCCCAACUCUUCCACGCAUCUUUGUACAUAUAUUUAUGUUCCUUAAUCAUCGAGCAAUUUAGUUCCAGUCUACAGAUUUGUACGAUACUGUCAUGUCAAAGGGAUGGGAUUGCUUUUAUCUCUGUUUUACGCUCUUAAAAACAAAGGUUCUUUACUGGUAUCAAUGGUUCAGUGAAAAACAUCCAUUGGACAAAAAGGUUCUUUAGAUUUAAUUCUUAAUGAGAUUUAAAGGGACAGUCCACCCAAAAUUAAAAUUUGCUGUUGACCCUCAGGUCAUCCAAGAUAAGGUUGAAUUUUUUUCUUGAGUCAAACAGUAAAGAAGAUAUUAAGCUGAAACCUUGGUGCUUUGUGAUUCAUAAAAUCAAGUCAGCAGCUGCUGGUUUUAGAGAAGAAUAAACCCACACUGUAAAAAACAAUUUGUUGAGUCAACUUAAAAUAAUUUGUAACCUGACUACCUUAAAAUGUUA